AUGGAAAUUGAUUCAACGAAAGUCUACCUGAAAGUUAGAGAAAUUCGUCAGGACAAACCCAGCGAAAGGGCUUGUGUCUUCCACCAACUCCACUGGGGCCAAGUUUCCUCAUGCAUCAGUGCUUGCUUUUGGAAGAGAGUACUCUUACGGAGACGAUGGACUUUCAACAACAAGAAGACCGAAGCUCGAUCCACUCGAAAUCAAACAGUUAGUAACGUACGAAAACCCCGAAGUCGAGAAGAUUUUGAGAAAUUUCUUUCCUCCUUGAAAGCGGACGGUCAAUUCACCAAAGCAGCAUACGAUGUUAAAACCUACAAUUGCAUCCAUUUCGCUUUGCUUCUUUUGACGUUUUUCGGAGUUGAUACAAGCGCACACGCGGAUUUACUAAAGUACCCUCAAAACGCGAUCAAUUCCUACGUUCGAAACGCUGUCAUUUUGAUCGCCAGUUGCGGUUUUCCUCCGGCUGUGAUCAUGCUCGAAACCGGUGCGCUGCUCAACGCCGCCGGUGUUGCUGCGGCAACGAGUGUCAUUGCCGGUCAAGCAGUUGCGCGCAAACUGGACUACAAAUCGUGGAAUUCGACUUCCAAGAAUUGA